AUGCCAAGGAGGGUAAAUUAUUAUGAAGUUUUAGGUGUCCCUCAAGAUGCAGAUUUAGCAGUUAUUAAAAAGUCAUAUAGAACAUUGGCUAUGAAAUGGCAUCCAGAUAAGAACCCUAAUAAUAAAGCUGAAGCUACUGAAAGAUUUAAGCAAAUUUCUGAGGCUUAUGAAGUAUUAUCUGACCCAAAGAGAAGAAGAAAAUAUGAUUUGUAUGGAACAGAUGAGAGUUAUAUGACUGAUGAGAAUGACGAAUUUUCCAACUUUCAUAAGAAUUUUGGAUUUAAUGAUGCACAGAGAAUAUUUGAAAUGUUUUUUGGUGAUUCAUCACCUUUUGGUAAUGAUUCAUUUUUUAGUGAUGUAAUGGGUUCAUCAUUUGUUGAUAAAAGAAGAGGUAGAGUUCCUAGAUCGAAUGAUCCAUUUGACAAUUUUUUUGGUUCCUCAUUUAAUGUAUCUUUUGGUUCAUCUUUUGACAAUUUCAUGGAUGGGGGAUCUUGUUUUACCUCUGUUGAAACCUCUACAUCUAAUGGAGGAAAAUUUAAAAACAGGGUAGUAAAAACAUCAACAUCUAAAACUACGUCAAUAAUAAAUGGUAAAAGAGUUACAAGAAUUGAAACUGUCAAAACUUUACCAAAUGGAACUGUUGAAAGAACUGUUACAGAAAGAGAAGAAGAUGAUAGAGGAAAUAUUAACAUCAGACAAUUACCAGCUCAUGAAUUAAGAAGAAACAAAAGAUAA